AUGAAUAAAGAAGUUGAAAAUGAACAAAAUACAUUUUGUCUCAUUCAUUCAACACAGGAAAUAACAUUUAUUUGCACUUCAUGUAAAUUUUCACCUGCUUGCAAUAAGUGUGUGGUUUUAAAGGGUAUUCACUUUGGUCAUGAUAUUAUAGAAAUCGAUGAUGAAAGUGUUUUACCAAUUUUAAAAGAAAUGAAUGAAAAAACAAUACCAAAAAUUGAUGAAUUAAUAAAAAACAAUCAAGAUUUACUUAAAGGUAAUUUAACAAAAUAUGAAGAAAUUAAAGAAAAACAUAAAUCAAAUUUACAAAUUAUCAGUGGCCAAAUUAUGAAAUUACAUACAAUUUUGCAAACUGUUGAAAAUAAUUUAAAUCAACAAUUAAUUACAAAUUUAGAUGAAAAUACUGAUAUUAAUGAUGUUUUCAACACAAAAGUCAAGGAAGAAUUAAAAGUUUUAUCAAAAGUAAUAAGUCUAAAAAAUGAUUAUAAUUUCAUUGAUGAAAGCCAAAAUUUAAAUGAUAAACACAUUCAAAUCAUUAAAGAUUCAUAUCAAAGUAAAAAGAUUUUGACAUGUCAUUUUAGUGAUUUGCCAGAUUAUUCAAGUUCAAAGGUUACCAUUUCAGAGUCAUCAUUUAAUUCAAUUAAAGAUUUGUUUAAUUUAAUAAUUAGUAUUGAUAAAUACCAUGGACAAUUGCCUCCUACUAAUGAACAUUCACCUCUAAAACAGUUGUCAAGAUACAGAUGGGGUAAAUUUAUAUUUACAGUUUACAAUGAUGGUGAUAGUAUACCAGAUGAUACAGAAUCUCUUGCAAUUGGAGAGGGACAGCGUCUACCUAAAACCAUGCCAAAAUCAACCAAAAGAUUAUUAUUGCCCAAUGGAUUUAAUCAAUCAUUAAUAUCAUUACCAAAAACUGUUAGAUCACUUUACCUUUUUAACAUUGGUCUUCAAUUGACUGAGGCUUCAAUUCCUGAAACUGUAGAUACACUCUUCUUUUGUGAUGGAUUUAGUCAAAAAAUUACAAAGGGAAUAAUUCCAAAAUCAGUUAAAGAGGUGUUUUUCUAUAAUAUAGUUCAACCACUUGAAAAAGAUUCUAUCCCAAACACUGUUUCAUUUGUGGGUCGUUCCCCUUCCUUUAAACAUCCUCUUGAUGUUAAAUCAAUAAAUCAAAUUAAUGACCGUGGCCUGUACAUAAUUCAAAAUGAAUAA